CUAUUUUCUCCACAUACACAUGCUCGACGCGUCGCACCUUUUCGUCGAAUGACCAACAACUCCUGAUCGCUAGCAGUCCAUCUCGUAGAUGAUAGUCAGAUCUGGGUAGAAACAGCCCCGCUGACCCCAACCGAUCAUGCCAUGACGAGCGAUUCAUCCGCAGGCCUCUAUCCGCGAUACUGCCUCCACCUCUCCCCGACCUUUAACACCUGGUGUCUCCUGCACGCAUCCGACAUCCACGCCCUGAAAUCCGUGCCCGAAUAUGAAGUCCAGGCAUUCUACUUCCACAAUAACUUGCCUAUCAAAUGGGCUCGUAUCGUUGGCAUUGUUGUCGCCGUCGAUGACUUCCCGGGCCGGCGCAUCUACACGGUUGAUGACAGCAGCGGGGCGUGCAUCGAAUGCGUCGUCGUACUGAAGACGCCGCCGUUAUUGGACACGAGCGCACCGAAACCCGGCACGGUCGGAUGGUUCAACGGCAACAGGCCGCAGCCGCAGCCGCCAGCGGACUGCUUGGACGUCGACGUGGGUAGUGUCGUCGACGUCAAGGGGGGCCUCGCGACGUUUCGUGAGGAGAAGCAGAUCAAGAUCGAAAAGGUUAGGAUCAUCAGGUCUACGGAGCAGGAGGUGGCGCUAUGGGAACGGCGCACACGGUUUCGGAAUGACGUCCUUCUGCAGCCUUGGGUGCUCAGUGAGAAGCAAAUACGGAAGUGCAAAAAGGAGGAAUCGAGGGACACUACUGGAAACGACAGUGAUGAGAAACAGCGCAAGAAGGAGAAGAGGCGGGAGCAGAGGAGGAAGUUGGAAGAGGAAAUGCGGCAAAAGGCCGAUGCUGCGGCUGCGGCGGCGGCGGCGGCAGCGAAAGAAGAUCGAUAUCGCGUCCAUAAGCUGGGAAAGGAAGUGGAACGACCGCCGAUGCCUUUUCUCACUUCAGCAGCCGCAGCUCCGAUCGUGGAAGGGGAUCGAUACCGCGUCCAUAAGCUGAGAAAGGAAACAGAGCGACCUCCAAAGGCUAUUUCCCACUCGGCAGCCGCAGAUUCGACCGCAAAAGAGGAUCGAUAUCGUGUUCACAAGCUGGGGAACUUGAGAGUCAACAACUCUGGCAGGAGGACCGGUGCAUCUGGCGGCCUAUUGCGGCAAGUCCUCGAUAGAAGCACCGGUGGGGGGACGUAGUGCCUAGGGACAUUAACUCCUGGGAAAGACUGGUGGGGUAUAGGUGCUCUGGAUUUGGCUUUUAUACAUUGAUACCCAAGGUCGCAAUCGACCAUUCCUCGCCAAUCUAUGCUGAAGGACGCCGUAUCUGAGAAACUAUACCGUCACUGCCC